CACCGCAGAUCAGGCAUGAGAAAUCACGGUUCUUCCUUUCUUCUCCUCCUCCUUCUCGUCAAUCUAGUUUAUGCUCAACCCGAGGUUAUCCCGUUAACGGCCGACACAUUCUCUGAUAAGAUCAAGGAGCAACACACUGCGUGGUUUGUGAAAUUCUGCGUUCCCUGGUGCAAGCACUGUAAGAAUCUCGGAUCGUUGUGGGAUGAGUUGGGAAAAGCGAUGGAAGGAGAAGAUGAAAUAGAGAUUGGAGAAGUAGAUUGCAGCAUAAACAAACCAGUAUGUGGCAAAGUUGAUAUUCAUUCAUAUCCCACUUUUAAGCUUUUUUAUAAUGGAGAAGAAGUUGCCAGAUACCGUGGUCCAAGGGACGUUGAAUCAUUAAAAACCUUUGUUUUGGAAGAAGCUGAAAGGGCUGCAGCGAGAGCACAACUUGACAUUGAUAAAGAAUUGUAAUAGUUUUCUAGGUGCCAGAGGAUCUUGCUCGUGUGUUAGCCUUGGACUUUACCUCAACUACUGUUAGUGUACGAUAAGCAGGUUUUGGGCUUCGUUUUGUAUUAAAAAAAAUAAAAAAAUAAGAAGAAGAAGAAGAAGUCAACUUCGGUUUUAUGUGGAGUGGCAAUUAAGAAUUGCAUUUCCUACUGCCAUAACCCAGGAUGCUACUGCUAUUCUUCACCACAUGUGCCGCAAGUCUCACAUUAUUGAUUAUCUCAGGUUUCAAGCCGAGAUAAGUGAAGAUACAUUCUGCUCUGCUCCAAUCCUCAUUAUUUAUUCAACGAAGCAGUAGUUAUUUUUGAAGAUUAGUUUGUAUUCUACCCCAUCUAGUUUGAUCCUUUGAGUUCACGAAGUUGAUGAACAUCUCGUUCACAGAGUUUCAAUAUCUGAUAUAGAUGCUGGCAGGUUGAGAUUUAACCUUGAAUCAUUCUUGAAGGAUUUCGUUUUCUUUUGUCCA